AUGACUCUGGACGAGCGGUACACGGCCCAGUUCAAGUAUGUGCCGAAGAGCCAAGACGAACGCGAGGAGCGCAAGAAGCAGAUACGGAAGGAGGUGCUGUUGCAGCAGUUGGCCACUGUACAAAAGCGAAGGGCUGACAGAAAGGCAAGGAAGGAGAAGGAGAAGCUCGAGAAGGAGGAGGAGGAGAAGGCGAAGAAAGAGAAAGAGGAGAAGGAGAAGCUCGAAAAGGGGGAGAAGGAAAAACAGGAGAAGAUAAGGCUUGAGAAAGAGAAGGAGGAGGAGGAGAAGGCGAAGAAAGAGAAGGAGGAGAAGGAGAAGCUCGAAAGGGAGGAGAAGGAGAGGCUUGAGAAGGAAGAGAAGGAAAAACUCGAACAGGAGAAGAUAAGGCUUGAGAAAGAGAAGGAGAAUCUCGAGAAGAAGGAGAAGGCAGAGAAGGAGAAGGAGGAGAAGGAAGCCGUCGCUGCAACGACAAGCGACGCGACCCAAGAAGAACAGCCACCGAGCAGCGACCAGAGCACAGACGAUCAGUCCGCCCCGCUCGAGCACGGAGAAGAGGCCAAGCCAAACGAAAACGGGCACGCAGUAGAGGAAGAGACAACCACAACCACACCAGAGGAAGAGGACGACGAAACCAUACCGGACGAGGUGAGCGAGUUGUUGCCAACGAUUUGA